GUCCUUGCUCGGGCGCUGUAUUAUCAGCCUAAUCUCCGUAAAUCUUUUGCCCCGCUUUGGCAUCUUCGUUUUGAAGGAACUUCAUUUUCUUCAUUCUCCCCGGAUCGCCAUUUAGGGUUGUAAGGAUGAUGACACUUGAUUUCAGUGGGAUCGAUUCAACUGCCCCAAUUCGUGGAGAGAGUUCUGAGUUGUUCGAUGGGAUUCCGAGAGCCCCAUCAUUUCAGAUACCAAAUGCUACUGAUUUUGAUGGGUUUCAGAAGAAGGCGAUCCAAAUGGUGAAGCCUGCAAAGGGAACCACCACCCUGGCUUUUAUUUUUAAGGAUGGUGUGAUGGUGGCAGCUGAUUCACGUGCUAGCAUGGGAGGGUACAUAUCGUCACAAUCUGUGAAAAAGAUCAUUGAAAUAAACCCAUAUAUGCUUGGUACAAUGGCUGGAGGGGCUGCUGAUUGCCAGUUUUGGCACAGGAAUCUUGGAGUCAAGUGCCGUCUCCAUGAACUGGCAAAUAAGAGAAGAAUUUCAAUUGCUGGAGCUUCAAAGUUGUUGGCAAACAUUUUAUAUUCUUACCGUGGAAUGGGCUUAUCUGUUGGAACUAUGAUUGCUGGCUGGGAUGAAAAGGGUCCCGGACUCUAUUAUGUAGAUAGUGAAGGUGGGCGGCUAAAGGGAAACAGAUUUUCUGUGGGUUCUGGUUCCCCAUAUGCUUAUGGUGUUCUGGAUAAUGGGUAUCGGUUUGAUUUGUCUGUUGAGGAAGCUGCAGAGUUGGCGAAACGGGCAAUUUAUCAUGCAACAUUCCGAGAUGGAGCUAGUGGGGGUGUUGCGAGUGUUUAUCAUGUGGGCCCAAAUGGAUGGAAGAAACUAUCGGGCGACGAUGUUGGGGAGCUAUACUACCACUACAACCAAGUUGAACCCGUGGUGGUAGAACACGAAAUGACUGAAGCGGCUGCUCCUUGAGAGACUUUCGGGCACCUUCAUAACUGACCCGAUUCGCUUUCAUCUGCUUAUUUUGUCUGUCAUAUGGAUGUUUUCCAUAUGCACUAUGUUUUACAUGCUGGGAGUUGAACUCCCAUGGAAAUUGUCAUCUUUCCUGAAUAAAUAUGUAUCCAGUAUUUUAUUGAUUGUGUCUUUAUGGAAGUGGAGCACCAGCUCUGAACUUGUUUGUUCUUUCUUCUUAUUUUGUUGAUCAGAGUAUAGGAUUUCUCAUGACUAUAUAUGCUCCCCUUUUAAAUUUCUCACUUUCUAUUUUUCUUGUCCAGAACAAUUUUUUUUUAAGAAAAUGAAAGCAUGACCCAUAA